AUGAGUGAUGUAAAGCCAGGAAAACAAGAAACUCAAAAACAAAUGGAGCCGGGGUUUUGUUCAGCGACUUGCACUGAUAGAGCUUGUUUGCAGCACCAUAUAAAUAAGCCUGAAAUAAAGACAUCAGACAUUUAUGCAACAUGUAAUCUUCCGAAGAGAUUUGAAUACCCUCAUUGUUUCAAUGGUUACGGAUGUCAACUGAAUAGUCAACAUCCAUUAUAUAGGACGACGUCCAGCGAAUAUGGAUGGUACCCUCCAGGUAUCCACUCGGUCCCCUCGGUGUAUUUUCCAGCAGGCCAGACUUUCACCAACCGACUCGCCGCCGCUGGCGUGUACCGUAACUACAGUCUCAACACCGGAAUGGAUCCUGUGGGAUAUUCCUGGCUUAACAUGAUAUAG